AUGACUAUCAAGACUUUCUUCGAUAUCACCAUUGACGGUCAGCCGGCUGGCCGCAUCACCUUCAACCUGUUCGACAACGUCGUCCCCAAGACCGCUGAGAACUUCCGUGCUCUCUGCACUGGUGAGAAGGGAUUCGGCUACAAGGGUUCCGGCUUCCACCGUAUCAUCCCCCAGUUCAUGCUCCAGGGUGGUGACUUCACCAAGGGCAACGUGAGUUCACCCAUCAAGCCUACUCUGGCGCUGGGCACUGGUGGCAAGUCCAUCUACGGUGAGAAGUUCGCGGAUGAGAACUUCCAGCUGAAGCAUGACAAGCCCGGUCUGCUCUCCAUGGCCAACGCCGGCAGGAACACCAACGGCUCCCAGUUCUUCAUCACCACCGUCGUUACGGGCUGGCUUAACGGCGCUCACGUCGUCUUCGGUGAGGUCGCGGAGGGCAUGGACCUUGUCAAGAUGAUUGAAAGCUUUGGCACCUCGUCCGGUACUCCCAAGAAGAAGGUUACCAUCGCCGACUGCGGUCAGCUGUAA